UCUGCUGAGCGCAGGAAGAGCAAAGCAGCGGCGGCAGCACCAUCUUGCAUCAUCCCUCCGUGCUAGCCAGGAGGGGAUAUGUCGGACCUUGAGGAGUGCCAGGAGGGUGCAGUAGGCACAGAUCAAGUGGGAGAUGAAUCCUACCAGGAGAGCGAGAGGCUGACGGCACAGUGGAGUGUGGAGGAUGAGGAGGAAGCAGCACGAGAGAGGCGGCGGCGGGAGCGUGAGAAACAGCUGAAGUCCCAGGCAGAGGAGGGCUUCAAUGGCACUGGCUCCUGCAUGGAGAGUGCAAGUUCAGCACAGGAGAACCACUAUGGUUUUAAGCCCUCUGGGAACUCAGAACUGGAAGAGGACGAGGGGUUCAGCGACUGGUCCCAAAAGCUGGAGCAGCGCAAGCAGAGAUCUCCACAACAGUCAUAUGAAGAAGAGGACAGUGGAGUGAGGGAAGUAGAAGUCAAACUGGAGCAGAUUCAGCUGGACCAGGAGGGCCCGGAGGAGGCCCAGGAGGAGAAUGUGGUUGUUAGGGAGGAAGAGAGGCUGUGCCAGGAGGAAGAACAUGUCCCAGAGCAGCAUGAGGAGGAAGAAGGAGUCAAACAGGAGAGGAAGAAGAGAAGGAGAAACGAAGAAGAAAACACUCUAGAAAAGAGCCCAAAGGCCCCAAGCCCCAUCAGCCUGGAUGAGGAGGAGCUGAGCUCAGACUGUACUGCAGCGAGCUCCAUCAAGAUCACAGACAGAACUGAGUCUCUGAACCGUUCAAUAAAUAAAAGUAACAGCAUAAAGAGGUCCCAGCCUCCCCUGCCUGUGUCAAAGAUAGAUGAUAGACUGGAGCAAUACACACAAGCCAUUGAGACAUCCACAAAGACUGUCCGACAGCCCUCUCUUGACCUUCCUACCACCAGCAUGAUGGUAGCCAGAACAAAAAGCCUGUGGGAGACUGGAGAGAUUGCUGCCCAAUCUGCAGUGAAGACCUCAGCCUGCAAGGAUAUCGUGGCUGGAGACAUCGUGAGUAAAAGAAGCCUUUGGGAGCAGAAGGGCAGUCCCAAACCUGAAACUGGUAUCAAGUCUGCUCCUUCUGACAAGAAGUACAAGUUUGUUGCAACGGCCCAUGGCCAGUACAAGAGGAUCAAUGAUACAGAUGAAACAGAUGAUGCUGCAGAGCAGUAGCAUGCCUGGAGAGCCCAAUAACCAGCUGAGCUGUCUCAAUGCAAUCCUCAAUGCCACGACUUCCUCUGCUCUAUAGAAGAUAACUGAAGGAUAUUUCUCAUCUCCCGCCUGAUGUCAGUUUGCUCUGGUACAGCCUGACUCCUCUCGGGGUGAGCACACCCUGUGCUGCCUCCAGCUGGCUGCGAGGGAUGGAUCAACUGGCCAAACCAGUCCCACUUUUAACCUUCUGCAAGACUCUUUGGCUUUUUUUUUUUUUUUUUCCAUUUAAUUAAAUCUGGCUCUGCCAUGGAGAUGGGAGACUGUGGCUCCCCUUCCUCUCCUCUUUUUCAAGUGCUGAAAGAGAAGGGCCUGCUGUCCUGCCCAACUGGCAGGGCUCCUGCUGUGUGAUGGAGAGCUUCUGGCUCCCAGUGACUGGAGAGAGGGGAGCUCAUGAGGACCCCGGUGGAGGAUCUGGUGUUGGAAAGGGGAGUGAGGGGGAGACUCUGUGCCACCCUCCUGGUGCCAGCUGUGUGUGAAGAUGUUGCACUGCAACAUCUGCUUUGAGGGACCUCCAUCUCCAUGUGCACAUCAAGCUGUGUUUAAUUUGGUCCUGUUAAUUUAGUUCCCAUAUCAUCCUUUAAUCACAACCAGGUAGCCAUGCUGUAAUGCUCUUGCCACUUUUCUCUGUUGUCGGUGGCAACAGCUUUGGUUCAAAAAGCUGCUGCCUUCCCCUCCACUGCCCAUGGUGGGGCUGAGCACUCCUUCUCCAGGUGAGGAGCUUUUCUUGAAGGUUUUUUUCUCCCUAUGCCCUUCUCACAAAGGCUCUCAACAUAACGUUGCAACUUGCUUUUGCUUCAAUUUACAAUGUGUUCUGGAUUUAAUUUUUUGGGUUUUUUUUGUAAGCAUUUAAUAAAAUUUGAGGAAGAUGUUGUAACAAUGGCA